UGUGCGGGCACCCGUACUCAAUAAAGUUCAUUCAACAUUGAUGGAAGAAAAGUUAAACUGAUUGAGGAAGUGUAGCAAAAAUAUACUACUCUUUCAGGUGUUUUACUGCUACUGUUACGACUAGACGGUUCGUUGCCAAUGGGCACCAGUUUCUUGCGUUUGAAAGAUGUGCGACCAACGAAAAUAAAUACCCCUAGUGGUGUCCCGUGAAGAACGUUCCCACUGACAGAAAACUGAUGAUUUACUGAUAAGCAACAGUGUAGAGUGAACUGAAGAUCAAAGUAUUAUCUAGUGAAUAUCUUGCAUAAAUAAACGAUGUUUCUUUGCACUGGGACGGGACUGUCCGAAGAAAAAGCUCGGUUCUUUUAGCCCUUGUAAGAAAGAAGCCGAGGAACGUUACUCGAAGAAAACCAAAUGUGAAUGUAGGGGAAAUAACGUUUUGCGUUAUGUCUUCUGAAUAUUAAUGUGGCAAGGCAGAUAAUAAAUACGUAUGGCGGUUGAUUGGAGUUCGGGUAAUUGGAUGUCACAGGCAGUAAAGCUGGCAAAGCUAAUACAACUAACUUAAUUGAGUGGAAGCGGCGACGGUUGCGGAUUGCUGUAUUGUAGCUGAUUACGCGAACAAGUUCAACGGGCGAAUCAAGCGGUCAACAACUGAAAUCAACUGAUCGUCUGGGUAGCACGUGAACAUGGAAUCUACAUCCUUUGAAAGGCGGUUAAGUGAUAUGUGGCGGCUUGAGUUUGAAUAAGCAAUUUAAAUCUCUGCGCUGAAACUAAUGCUCGAGCGCUAGUUGACUGUGAUAAAUAGAAGGUUGGCCAAUUGCGUUGAAGAAGGCGUGAAUUUGAGUUGUGCUUUGCGUUGCGGUUAUAUUUCAAUAAUGGGCAGAUCAAGUGAUCAAGUGGUUUGAUUAAAAGUGAACAUCAUUAAGUGAGGUGAUUUUUUCUUGGGAAGAGGCUUUAAAAUAAAAUUAAAAAAAAAACAACGAAGGACUCACAAGGUGAUGUUACUGUACGGUAAAAGAUUUAAACGAGCAGCGAACGAGUAACUCAGUCGCGUCCGAUGAACACGGAAAACCAAAAAUUACUGAAGGAUGGGAUAUUUUUCGAAGCGGAACGUUUUUAUCUACUGCUGCAUAUCGGCGUGUUUGUCACUGAUUACCUACCUGAUAGCGUUUUCCUGCGAAGUGUCGUGGGUGUUGGAGGCAAGAGGUAACCUGCCGAUUCCGUCCUACCUGUUGUGUGCGGAGUUCUUCGUUCUGUUCGUCUCAUCGGCCGUCCUCAUCCACGGAUUGUCCACGGGAGUAUCAUGGGGUCUUCUAUGCUGGUCUAUCAUUAUCGGAAUCCUGUCGGUGCCGGAGCUAGCGCUCGUUAUGUACAUGACCAUACAGUAUUGGGGUCUCCAGUCAGCACACGGACUAACGGAAUUAAUUGGGUAUUUAGUACGUUUAAUAGUCAAUUGUUUGGCGCUGCUUUGCGUAAUACCAACAGCCUUGAGGUGGCGUCAGGAGAAAAAGGUUUUAGCACAACUCGAAUCCCUCGCAUCAAGGCUACAACUGACCACGCCGACACCGACUACUCCGUUCAAUGCCACCACUAAUGGAAUGAACUCACUGCGAGCUAGUAAACGAAGCCAGAUGAGCAGACGUCCUUCUACCGGAUUCGACAAUCCCGGUUACGUAGCACACGAAAAUAAUUCCGGGGAUCUCGUUCAACAGUACACGGCUUAUAAUAAUUUGUAUGGAUCACAAAGUGAGUUCAAUGCGAGCAUAUUCGGGCUGAAUCCUUCACAGUACAUUGGUCCCCCGCCGCCACCGUUGGGAGCUGAGUGCAAGAAAACGCAAUCGCUCUUAGAUCUGCGGUUUAUUUUCCCACCAAAAUUCCUCACAAGCAACGAAAAAAAGACUGCCAAAGAGAAAGCGGGAACUGAUGAAACGGACAGUGUCCUCAAUAACAAUCUUAAAAAUAAGAUCAACAAUAAAUUAAACGACGGUACGAGUAAAGAUAACAAACCCAGCAAAGAUACCAACAGCGUUGUAGAUAUGAACACCGAUCCGACAGUAACGAUCAACGAUCCAAUUUACUACACGAUAGAAUCGACCAAAAACAAUAAAAUUCUUGGCCGAAAUUGUGUUUCACUGGAGAACCUCGGAAAUAUUACACUUUCGGAGUCACCACUGCCAUAUAAAAAGAACGAUCGAUACGGCAACAAUCUACUUAAAAACUACACCCUAAAUCCGUGGAACGUUAUAGCUUACAAUCCGGCAUAUAGCGCCUAUCCGCCGGCCUAUUUUCACUAUGGAGCUAUGCAUCCGUAUCAAAUCUAUCAGAUGCAUCACAAUAAUUUUCCCCCACCGAACUCUGUGGGAGGUGGAUACUUCAAUGCCGGAGGGCAUCAGCCUAUUCAUCCCCAUAAUCACCACUAUAAUCCGCAUCAUCACCAUGCCGGUGACCCGCGGGCAGCUUAUGGUGGUGCGAACCACUCGACCCUGAGCUAUGGGUAUAACAACGCUUAUCUCAACAGUGCAAACAAUAGUCGCCAAUCGCUGGGAAACGAGUCAGACGACUUUCGAAAGUACCGGGAUGUAGCGUUGUAGUGUAGUGUCGCUUGAGCCGUUAUGAUCGUCUAGCAUUACAGACGACCGGGCCGGGAGAGUAAGUGCAUAGUUUUUUUCGCGACAAAUGUAUUUAUUUGCCGAUGUUAGAGUCGUGAUAGGAUUAAGACUAAAUGUAGAAAGAAUCGAACCGAGAUCGUGUAUUGAAUAUUGGGUAUGUGUGGGAUUAGAUGUACAGACGCAAUACUCGGUUAACCAGAAGAUCUGAAACUAUACGUAUAACGAAAUUUCACAAACGAUCGAUCAAUAUAUUGUCACAGUUACCUUUGUAAAACCUAAGAAUACGAAGCUGAUUUAAACCAAGUCAAUGAAUUACAACGAAAUAAAAUAUUUAUGA